AUGAGUCGCCGCGGCAACGACCUCUUCAGAAUCCUCUUCAGCGACGGCGGUCAAGUCGAGCGGAAUGUGCUGACCCUGAACGUGCUGUUGCUAGGCGACAGGCAGAGUGGGAGGAGCUCCGUGGGGAACGCUCUGAUUGGCGGCGAGGAAUUCCAAACCGGGGCCUGCAUUUCUGGCGUCGCCGUGACGACGGAGCACCGGCUGCUCAGCCGAAACUACCGGAGGUUUUUCAGAAGACAGGGGGCGGAGUCAGACCUCACGCUGAGAGUGGUGGACACGCCCCCGUUGUUGCCCCGCCCACACAGUAUAGUGCACGAGCUCUGCCCCGAGGGCGUGCACGUGGUCGUGGUUGUUGCGAGAGCUGACCGGCCGAACGACAACACACACCUGGAGGAGCGCGUUCAGAAUCUCUUGGGUCCAGAAUGGCGGCGUCACGCUCUACUCGUUCUAACGCAUGCUGACCACCUGAAGGAGGCGGGGCUUCGGUCGUCAGACUACCUAACGCAGGCCAGCGAUUGGCUGAGGGUUCUGGCCGAGGAGGCGGGAGGAGGAGUCUCUUUGUUGGACAACAGCUGUGAUUGGCCGUCGAUCAGAGGACGGCCGCUGAGAGAACGACUGCUCCGCCUCUCGGCCAGAAACCAUCACAGGUCUCUGAGGGCGAGGACGGAGGUCUCUCUCUGA